UCAAGACCGGGGUAACUUCCUGUUCAACCGGGAAUAAAACACUUCCAUCGCACUUUCUGAUGGACGCUUAGAUCCGGAGUUCCCGUGUUUAAUUUGCCAACCACCUCGUCGUUUCUGGUCCAUCUUUAUGUACCACACUCCUCGCGUGUUCACUUCCUCGCAGUUUUGUGAUCCAACAUGGCGCCAACGAUCCAGACUCAAGCACAACGGGAGGACGGCCACAGUCGUCCCUCAUCUCACCGGACAGUGCCAGAGAGGUCUGGAGUUGUGUGUCGGGUCAAAUACUGCAACAGCUUGCCUGACAUCCCAUUCGAUCCGAAAUUCAUCACAUACCCAUUUGACCAGCACAGGUUUGUUCAGUACAAAGCCACAUCUCUGGAGAAGCAGCACAAGCAUGAGCUUUUGACCGAGCCGGACCUCGGUGUCACAAUUGAUCUCAUUAAUCCCGACACUUACCGCAUUGACCCUAGCAUUAUUUUGGAUCCAGCUGAUGAAAAACUGUUGGAGGAAGACAUCCAGGCUCCGUCCAGCUCAAAGAGGUCUCAGCAGCAUGCCAAGGUGGUGCCAUGGAUGAGAAAGACAGAAUACAUUUCAACAGAGUUCAACAGAUACGGUGUAUCCAAUGAAAAAGUGGAAGUCAAGAUCGGAGUGUCUGUCAAACAACAGUUCACAGAGGAGGAGAUCUACAAAGACAGAGACAGCCAAAUUUCCGCCAUUGAGAAGACGUUUGAUGAUGCACAGAAAUCAAUUUCACAGCACUAUAGCAAACCCAGGGUUACUCCAGUGGAAGUACUGCCUGUGUUCCCAGACUUCAAGAUGUGGAUCAACCCGUGCGCUCAGGUCAUAUUUGACUCUGAUCCUGCACCAAAGGACAUGUCCGGACCGGCUGGUGUGGAGAUGAUGUCUCAAGCCAUGAUCAGAGGUAUGAUGGACGAGGAGGGAAACCAGUUUGUGGCCUACUUCCUGCCUAAUGAAGACACCAUUCGCAAGCGCAAGAGAGACUUCGAGGAGGGAAUGGAUUACAUGCCUGAAGAUCUGUACGAUUACAAGAUCGCCAGAGAAUACAACUGGAACGUGAAGAACAAAGCCAGCAAGGGUUACGAAGAGAAUUACUUCUUCAUCUUCAGAGAUGGAGACGGUGUUUACUACAAUGAACUGGAAACCAGGGUGCGUCUGAGCAAGAGGCGAGCCAAGGCUGGAGCUCAGUCCACUACCAACGCCGUGCUGGUCUGUAAACACAGAGAUAUGAAUGAGAAGGAGCUGGAGGCACAGGAAGCACGUAAAGCUCAGCUGGAGAACCAUGAGCCUGAAGACGAGGAGGAAGACAUGGACAUGGAUAAAGACAUGCAGGACUCAGGGGAUGAGAAAGAGAAGGGCAGCGGCAGCGAGGGUGAGAACUCUGGUAGCGAAUCGGAGCGGGACGAGGACGAGCGAGAACAGAGAGAUGAUGAGGAUGAGGACAACAGGCCGAAGAGGAGGAGGAAAUCCAGCGGCAGUGGAAGCGAGAGCGGGGAGGAGAGAACCAGGGAACUGCGAGACGAGGAAGAAAUCUUCGGCAGCGACGACGACAGCGACGACAACGAGCCCAAAAACUCAGCCAGAAGCAGCGGCGACGAGGGCAGCGGCAGCGAGGACGAGGGCGGCAACAGAGGGGGCAGCAGGAGCCGCAGUGCCUCUCCUGCCCACAGCGACCGCAGCAGCGACCACUCGGACGCUCAGGCGCAGAGCGGCAGUGGCAGUGACCGGGGCUCAGCCUCAAGCGACGCCAGUGACAGUGAAUAACUGCAACAAUCUGAUCACAAUGGAAAUGACCACUUGUCUUAUCUAUGAGAUUCAGUCCCAGCGAUCGCGGCAGGGCCACAUCUACCCUCUUAUCAUGAGUCUGCAGGCGUCCCUUUUUUAUAGCAAAAAUGAAACGUGUGUGUGUCAGAGGCUGAUUAUUUUUGGACAGUCUUUUAUUUGUAGGCUUAGUGCCCCGCCUGUACCUUUGUCAAUCCUGAUUUGUGUCUGGCAUGUACGUCCAUUAAAGAUUCAUGUCGAAAUGAUUUAGAGUUUUAAUCUGUUAGUGUCUGAUCGGAAGCUCACAGUGAAACAUUAGAUUUCACCAGAUAAGGUAUUCUGUCUGUGUGACUUACGAAGGUGGAUGAAGCCAACGUGGUACAUACGGCCGUGUUGCGUGUAAAGAACCCAACAUGAACUUUUGUUUUACCAUAAUUUGAUGGAGUAUA